AGCAAAUACCACAGCAACCAUUUAUUCAGCCUAAAGUUUUAACAAUUUACAAGUACAAGGCCAAGACUAAAACAGUACACACAAAGAUACUUCAAUUAUUAUACUGAGUACUAAAAGUUUGUUAGCUAGCUGGUUCUAGUCAUGCCUUUUCUGAAGCGUAGCAGUAGCCUGAACAGGCAGAACACAUACCAAGUGUCUAGGAGAGCUGAGCCAGACAAUGCUGAGCGACCUAAAGGAAUGAUCCGAUGCCAUGUCAAGCUACUGGAUGACACAGACUUUAUCUGUGAUGUGGAUAAACAGAGUCAUGGAGAUGUUCUGCUGGAUGAGGUCUUCAAACACCUCGAUCUAGCGGAGAGGGACUACUUCGGUGUGGCCUACAAAGACUCAGAUGUCAUGAAAUGGGUAGACCCAGCAAAGCUCCUGAAGAAGCAGUUCAAGGGUGUCCACACAAUGUUGGUUGAGUUCCGUGUGAAGUUCUACAUGCCUGACCCGGGCAGUCUCCACGAGGAGGUCACUCGAUACCAGUUUUACCUUCAGGUCAAGAAAGAUCUCUACACUACAAGACUUCCCUGCUCGUUUGAGAGUGCCUGCCUACUGGGCUCCUACAUUAUGCAAGCUCAACUGGGUGACUACGACCCAGAUAAACAUGCUCCUGGCUACGUUGCUGACUUCCACCUGAUACCGAAACAGACUCACGACAUGGACGACAGGAUUUCACAGCUUCACCAAUCACUAGCGGGCAAGACUAGUGCUGAGUCAGAGUUCAUGUUCUUAUCCUACUCCAAAAGCCUUGAUUUCUAUGGUGUUGAGUUGUUCCCUGCCAAGGACCAUCACGGAGUAGACUUGGGCCUGGGUAUCACUGGUAAUGGACUCUCUGUCUUUAAGAGCAGGAUUCUCAUCACCACCUUCUCUUGGUUACAUGUGCAGAAGAUCACAUACAAGAGGAAAAGGUUCUACAUUGAGUUACGGUCUGAGAAUGGGAGCCGCCAGCCCAACACAGUGGGGUUUCACAUGGACAGUUAUGACGGCUGCAAACAAUUGUGGAAAAGCUGCAUUGAGUACAAUGCUUUUUUCAGAGUAUCUGAUGUGCGUGCCCCGCCCCCUGCCCGCACAUACAGUUUCCUACGUCGUCCCACAUUCUUGAGGGAGCGGAUGGAGCCACACCCACUGAACGAACUACGGGAAACUGCUCUGGAGCGAUCUAAGAGCCUCAGGGUGUUCAGGCAACGGGAUAGAUUAUCAAAGAAGUCACCUCAACCAGCAGAGUUUGAAGAUGUCCAAAGCAGUAGUGUGAGAAGAGCCCAGAGUCUGGGUCGUGGUGAGACACGUCGGCCUGUGGUGGUCAGGAGAACACAGAUGUCCCCUUCCGAUGACGAGGACUAUGAGGAUAUUGGCUUUCCUGGAGUGGCUAUUUCUAACGACCUCAGUGGCCAGUUCUCUCUUGUACCAGAACCUAAUACACGCAUCUCCCCAAACUUCACCUCCAAUUACAGACGUAUGAGCAACAACGACAACGCGCCAACAGAAUACUACGACGAGCAAGUGGCAGCUGAAGAGGAGGCUGGACAGGUGUGCAUGGAUGACUUGAUGUCAGAGGGUCUGCUACUCAUCAGGAUGUUGGCUGACUCAGUGGGCAGAUACGGGUUCAUCUUCAGAGGUGGUGUUGAUGAAAAUGGUCCCGUUAUGGUCACCAAGGUUACAGAGGGAUCAGCAUCGUCCCUAUGUAACCCGCCACUAGAGGAGGGUGACCAGAUCCUGUACAUCAACGGCAAGACAGUGACAGAGCAGACCCACGAUCGUCUCAUUACUAUGAUAGCGACUAGUAGGGAACAGAGUUCAAGGGAGUUGGUCCUAAUUGUGAAGCCUCGUAACCUGAACAGAAUCAAUCCGGCCCCGGCCAGUCUCUCUGAGUCGAAGCUCGAUGACCCUGGAUACAUGCUCAGGGAGUCUCUGACAAUACUCAAGGAGAGUCUGGUCAACGGAAGGUCACUGCUACACUAUGAUAGACUGUAUCGAAGAAAACCUGGAAUGGCGGCCAUAGCUAGCAAGCUACCUCACAACCUCAGCAAGAACAGAUACAGAGACAUCUCGGCCUAUGAUGAGACUCGAGUGCAGUUGAACGAGGGACCUGACUACGUUAAUGCCAACAAGGUAGACCUGGAGAUCUACACCACUGGACAGAUCAACCACUACAUAGCGGCUCAGGGCCCCAUGCAACACACGUGCAAGGACUUCUGGCAGAUGGUCUGGGAGCAGCACUCUACGCUGGUGGUGAUGCUGACUGGCAUUGUGGAGGAGGGUAAAGUGAGGUGCUGUAAGUAUUGGCCAGACCUGGGCUGCAAACAGGAAUACGGGAAAUACGGUGUGACGAAUCUGUCGGAACAGACCGAUAGGGUGAUUGUCACGAGACAGCUCAAGCUCAAGAAUAGAAUGAGUGGCGAGGAACGUAAUGUGGUUCACAUGCAGUACAUCGACUGGCCAGACCAUGGUAUCCCGGGUAGCAAGUUGGACUUCCUGAGGUUUGUUCAGAGCAUGCGGACACUGAGGGGACAAGUGAAGGGACCAGUGGUUGUCCAUUGCAGUGCUGGAAUUGGUCGUACUGGUGUGUUUAUUCUCAUGGAGACAGCCCUGUGCAAGAUAGAAGUGUUGGAGCCCAUAUACCCUCUAGACGUAGUGCGGAUCAUGAGAGAUCAACGAGGGAUGCUUGUACAAACUCCUAUCCAGUUCCAAUUUGUCUGUGAGAGCAUAGUCAAGGCAUACGAAGAUGACUACGUUGAAAUUGAGAUCCCUUCCUCGAGAGAAAAGAAGAACUCCACUCACCGCUCUCCUAUGAGCUACACAUAGUGAGGACUAACGGACAGUAACUCAAAUCAAUUUUUGUGUGCCACAUUUUAUACCCUUUUUCAUCUGUCAUUUUUUCGAAAUUAACACUCAUAAUUAUUAUUAUCUAUUGUCAAAAUUCAGUGAGUUUUUUUGUAUUGUCAAGCAUG